AUGUCUCCUUUUUCAUUGCUAAUAUUGGUAAUUUGUGCCUUCUCACUUUUUUUCUUGAUCAAUCUCACCAGAGGUUUGUCUAUUUUAUUAGUCUUUUCAAAGAACCAGCUUUUGGCUUUGUUGCUCCUCUCUAUUUUGUCUUUGUUUUCUAUUUCUUUGAUUUCUGCUCUUAUCUUUUUUGAUCUCCUUCCUUCCACAUUUUUUGGAUUUAUUUUGUUGUUAUUUUUCUAA